GAAUUCAGUGCUGGCGGCAACAUUCUAACCGACUUUCGAAGUUGUCUUAGCGCUGAAUCUCUUGAAACACUUGUUUGCAACCAAGAUUGGCUCUUGGCAAGACGUCGAGCUCAAGAGUCAACGUACCAACUCGAAUUGGAGCAUUACAUGAAUGCAACAACAGAUGGAAGUCCGAGUUCUGAAGAAUAAGUUAUAAUUUUUUUUGUUAAUGUAAAGAUUGAUCAUCUAUAGUGUUUUGAGGAUGGCGUGCUGGUCCAGAAACGUUCAUAACCCCAACCAAGUUGAUCGCGGGCACCGUAUUGACCACCUGGAGCUGAAAAGGAUCAUGGCAUACUUUGCAUCCCACGGCAAGAGGUCAGGCCCAGUGCGCCUCUUCCGUGGGCCCGUCCAAGAGCCUUCGGGAUCCAACGGGUUUCACAUACUGCGACCAGAGGUAGGCGAGAGGAUCAUGGAGCCUGACCCGGACGAUUGGGUGAUUGGGGCGGCGGAUGAACGACAGUGUCGAACCUUCGUGCUCGGUAAGAGACGAAAGAACAAGAGGAAGAUAUAUGACUCUAAGGAGCGCUACCAACGUGCACAUCGCAAGGCUCGGAUAGCAAGGCUAAGGAUCUGGAAGUGCUGGAAGGAAGCAUGGGAAAGAGAUGAUCCAGAGGAAACGUUCAGCGUGGACUCUGCCAACAAUAUCUACGGCGCAGGCGAGAGGAUCAUGGAGCCUGACCGGGAUGAUUGGGGCGGCGGAUGAACGACAGUGGGGACUCGUUUAUUUAUCCAUUAAAAUUAUGAACACGUUUUGGGCUUGAACCCACCGUUGUUGCACUUAUGUUAUUAAUGACUUAACGGUUUUAUUUACUUUCACUUCCGCUAUAAAUGUUUCCUUAAAUUUAAUUUAUUUCCAUCAUUAAAUAAUAUUUAUAUCAAGGG